UGGCGCUCUGCGCUGCAGGAACCUGAAGUCAGAGGAAGCAUCUCCUACUUGUCAGUCAGUUGAAGCGCCCACGGGGCUCUACGCAUGAGUCGUACUUUGAAAAGAAGCGGAUUAUGACAGAGGAGAAAGGGGAUCGGGAGAUUCGUCGAGCAAAACAAAACACCCGUGGCUGUGAUAAAGCCGUCAACAUCCUCGGACAGUGAACAAUGCAUGACCUGACUGCCCAAGUCACCAGCAGCCUGCUGCCUUUCCCACGCGUCACUGUAGAUGCUUUGGGUGAGGAUGAGAUCACCCUCGACUCUGUGCUGCAUGGGAGGUUCACAGUUGGCCGCAGCGGGCUGGCCUGGCUGGCCUGCGGCCCUCAUCUGGAGGUUGUCCAUGCAGUGACGGGAGAGCGGCUGUCUGCCUACUGCUUCAGUAGUGGAGGCGAACACCCACCCAGUGUCCUCGCUGCCAGGGACUUCAGCUGGCUCAAACGGUCUGGAUUACUGGUUGGCUUGGAGGAAACAGAGGGCAGUGUGCUGUGUCUUUAUGACUUGGGACUGUCCAGGGUGGUCAAAGCUGUGGUUAUACCAGGCAGGAUCACAGCGAUUGAGCCGUUAGUUAGUUACGGCGGAGCAAGCACUUCGACCCAGCAUCUUCACCAGAGUCUGCGCUGGUUCUUUGGCAUUGCCGCUGUAGUAACGGAUCUUGGUCAUGUUCUGCUUGUCGAUCUGUGUCUCGACGACCUGUCCUGCAGCCAAAGUGAACUGGAGGCUUCAGACCUGCAGGUAGUGACCAAAUCUCCUGCAGAGAUCCCCAGGCUGAGAGAAGUUAGCACGAGGCAGGGCAGACAUCUUUGUCUCCAGCUGAAUGGGCCCAGUGGAGUCGGAGCCACAGCGCUUCAGUAUAUCCCCAGAACCAACCAGCUGGCAGUGGGAUUUUUAGACGGAUACUUACAGCUGUGGAAUAUGAAGUCUCUAAAGAAGGAAUACCACUCACAGUUAGAGGGUGGCAGGGUGCCUGUGCAUGCCUUCACCUUCCAGGAGCCAGAAAAUGACCCCAGGAACUGUUGCUACCUCUGGGCUGUCCAGUCUUCUCAGGACCUCGAGGGAGAUAUUGUCAGCCUCCGCCUGCUUCAGCUGGCCUUCAGUGAAAGGAAGUGUCUCGCUUCUGGAAAGAUCCUCUAUGAGGGUCUGGAGUACUGCGAGGAACGAUACAGUCAGGAGUUAAGUGGAACAGCUUUCCCUCUCAGGACGCAGGCCACCGACACCCGCCUGCUGAGCUGCCAGACCAUCGAGAAGUUCCGACCUCAUCCCGACAGAGAUGACAGCAUGAACGAAGUUGCAUCUCCAGACACCAGUGUUUCUAUCUUCAGCUGGCAAGUCAAGGCCUACGGUCAGGGAUCUCCAUCUACCUACAUCGGGGUUUUUGACAUCAACCGUUGGUACCACGCACAGAUGCCAGACUCUCUGAGAUCGGGAGAGUGUCUGCAAAAUUGUCCCUACCUGGCAGUUUGGUCUCUGGACCCCGCGGUGAAGAUGGUGUCUCAACACGUCCUCCUGGAUGUGGUGGUGCAUGAGCGCAGCCUGAGCAGGGGCCUUCCCUACACCUGUCCCCCACCUGAACAGUACUUCAACCCCACCACAUAUAACUUUGAUGCUACCUGCUUGUUCAACUCUGGGAUCGUGCACUUAACCUGCUCAGGGUAUCAGAAAGAGACCCUGAGCUUCUUGAAAAAAGCUGCUCCUUGUUCCAGUGACGUCAUCUCCACAAGCUACUCUCGCUGCCUCAUGUCUGGCCUCCUCUCAUCUCGCCUGGCUGACACUCAGGCCUCCAGCCUCUCUCAGGAGGAGCAGCUGGAUGCCAUCUUGUCCACAGCAGUAGAGACCAGCUCCUUGGGACUGAUCACUGGCUGUAUCAAGCAGUGGACUGCAGAAGAACAGCCAGGCUCUGCAUUGAACCUGCGCUACAUCCUGGAUUGGGCCUGGAACAAAGUGGUCCAGACCAAGGAGGAGCUCGAUGGCAUCUGUGCUCCGCUGUUUGACAGCUCAUCCAACUUCACAGACCCUCAGACCAUGCAGCUGCUGCAGCACAGCCAGAGACUGCUCGGAAACCUCAGCACCAUCUUCCACUGUCUGCUCAGUGAAGCUCAGGAGCUCACACAAAAAGGUCUGGUGGGUCUGAUGAACAAGAACAUGGUGUCCAGUCUCAUCUCCAAGUACGCUCAGGUGGUGCUCUGGUUCUGUCGCACCGGUCUGCUGCCUGAAGGAUCAGAUGACGACGCUCUCCAGAUCUCCAGGCCUUUCUAUACUCACUCAGUCAUCAGCAACUAUUAUACUAUACGCAGAGAGGAGCUCGCCAGGCUGGCUAAGGGGAAGUGGUGUGCAGACUGCCUGAUGAUUGAUGGUCUGGUUGGCCAGUGUGGUGAGCGUUUGACCAAUCUCUGGAAGAGGGAUGAGGGCGGGACAGGGCAAUACCCGCCACCUUCAUUGCAUGCCUUGUUGGACAUUUAUCUACUAGACAACAUUGAUGAAGCUGCCAAACAUGCAAUUGUGAUUUACCUGUUGCUGGAUGUCAUGUACUCCUUCCCUAAUAAGGAGGGAGCAUCAGUGGAGUCUUUCCCCACAGCUUUUGCCAUCCCUAUUGGACUGGUGAAACUAGUGCAAGGCCUCUGGCUGCUGGACCACCAUGACCACCAGAGUUCAUUUGAGUUGCUCCUGCAUCCAGCUGCCUCUCAGUGUCAGUUUGAGUGGCAGCACGAGCGUGUCCUUCAAGCACUGAUGUGUCAGGGCCAACACUCGGUGGCACUACGAUACUUCCACGUUACAAAGCCCCCAAUUUCCUCCACCUCCCAGGCCAAGCUCUGCCUGUCUGUACUGCUUUACAACAGGUGUCUCAUAGAGGCGUGGUCUUUACUCCGGCAGCACUCUAGUCGCCUCAAUAUGAAUGAGCUGCUGGGUUUCCUGUAUGAGAGCUGCCAGGAGCUGGGCCUCAUCAAGGAGCUCCUCAAACUGCCCCUCGGAAUCAAUGAGCAGGAAUGUUUGGAGAAGUUUCUCCAGGGCACAGGGGGUCUCCAGAACAGAGAACUGCUGAUGGUUCAUUACCUUCAGCAGGCCAACUACAUUCCUGCCCUGCAGCUCAACCACGGCCUCAAGAUGAACCUGGUGAACGAGCGAGACCCAAAGCUUAAAGAACGAUCCAACAUCAGGAACUCAAUAUUGGAUCAGUACGGCAGAGUUUUGCCCAGAGUCCAGAGGAAACUGGCAAUGGAGAGAGCAAAGCCCUACCAGCAUCCCUCCACCAUCCACAGAGAAGUUUCGAGGCCACAGCCACUGUCAACCAUCAGCAAGCGCUCCACCAAUGAGAAGGUGAUGUCGAGGGCCGGCUUCAUCAACAACGUACUCACCAAGAUUGAAGAGGUGUGGUUAGGCAAAGGAGCUACACCACAGUCCUCCCCAGCCAGGAGCAGCCCCAGGGCAGCAGAUGUUCAGAGCCCCAAGCCAUCCACCAUGGCCCUUCCCGACCCCUUCCUGGGAACUCCUAUCACCAUGACCUCCAAACGAAAGUCAAGGCUGCUGGACUUGGUGGUUCACCCCUCCUGUCAGACCCCUCGUCCUCUUCUCAGCCCUCCCAGACCACCCAGCUCCUGGGUUUCUCCAAAGAGCAUCAGCAAGGUCCCUGAACUCAGUCUACUGCAAACUCCACAGGUUGUCAAGCGAGCUCGGGCUUUGGCUGCUUCUGGUCCUGUGUUCUCAGCCUUCACUCCCCAGUCUAUCCUUCGCAGCAGCCUGAGGCCCACACCAGUCGCAACCCCGUCUGCUUCUCCAGGACGCUCCAUCACCCCCCCAAUCCGCAGCAAAGAGAGCCGGAUCACCUUUAUUGAAGAGGCAGAAUCUCCUGAACCAGAGAAGAGCAUCCGAUGGACCAAUGGGAUGGCAGCAGACAGUGAGAUUAACCUGCUGACCAGAGGCUCCACAAUAUCCAAGGCUACACACAAGACCUGGUCCUCACAGCCCGAGGAGGAGGAGGAGGAGGAGGAGGGCGGAGAUGAGGAAGUGGAACAGCCUCUUGUGAAGUUCUUGCCUCCAGAAGGAGGUAUUCCCUCCCCACACCUGAGAUGCUUUGAGAACGAGUCCUCCUCAAUUCAUGAAGUCACUGCAGAAACCAGACCAUCAGAUUCAGCACCAGCACGACUUAACCUGAGCCUUGACACCAGCCAGGCGUCUGUCCGUUCAACAGACACCACUCUGGAGUAUUAUGAUGCACCUCUUCCUGAUCUCUCAGAGGGUCAGGAAGGAGAGGAGGAGCAUAAAGCCACAGAGGAAGAAGAGGACGUAGUGACGAUAAACAUCAAAGGCCCAAAUGAAAAUCAAGAACCAGCGCCGUCACCAACCACUGAGCAAACCCCUCUCCCGACAUCAGAGGAUGUAGAGGAGGAGGAAGAGGAGGUGAAGGGUGACGAGGAGCUUAACGACGAUGAAGCGGCUGAAGAGGUGAUGGAGAUUGGUCUUGAAGAGGAGGCUGAAAACAAGGAAGAAGUUCAGUCGAAAGAGGAGGAUGAACAGGAUGUUGAGUCAAGUAGCGAACGUGAAGAUGCUGCAACUCUUCACCAAGAGGAAAUGUCUAGUCAUAAUCAAGUUUGUAACCAGGUAACAGAGAGGACGGACUCUGGCGCUGAGGUAGAAUCUCCGGAUCAACCAGCAGAACAGGAUAUCCAGACAGAGGCCAUUGAAUCCACAGAGUUCACUGAGUAUCUGAAAUCAUCUGAAGCCACAAACGAACCAGAAGAGGAGCUGGAGCAAUCAACAGAGUUUGUGCAGAGACAUCUGUUUGGCAGCGAUCUGUCUCCUCCGCUCACCCGCUCAGGAAUUCAUGACACAUCACAAAUGCAGACAUCCUUCAACAGUGAGUCACCAGGUGCGGCUGAAGCGGAGGUGCAGGCAGCUGCUGAGGCUCCUCCGGUGUUCACCACCCAAAAAUCGACUGCCUCUGUGACGUCCUCCGAGCCAACUGGCACAGACUCCCACUCCGUCGUGAGUGUGAACGAUAGUGAAGAGCUCUCCAGCCCUCUGUCCGAGGAAGACGACGACGACGACGACGACGACGAAGAAGAAGAAGAGGAGGAGGAGGAGGAGGAGGAGGAGUCGUCUGAUCAAGCUGAGGAAGAGGAGGGGGAGGAAGAAGUUGAUGAGGAGGACUCUGGUAGUGAGGUGGAGAUCAUUGAGGAGGUCCAGGGUAAUGGGAGGCUGCCGCCCCUCCAACCCAGUUCAGUUUUUGUACAACAAGGACACACCCACUUCCUGCCGAGUCUGUCAGAGCAAGAGGCUGCAGAGUUCUCUCUGAUCACGCCCGGCGCAGAAAUAAAGAUGAUGGAGGAUGACAUGGAGGGCGAUGUGGUGAUGGUGAGACUCGGGGCAGAUGAAGCAGGGAUGGUGGCAGAUGAGGAUGAAGGAGCAUCAUACAUGGAGCUCAAACCCUCCACCACUCUCCUGGUCCCCCUGGAGCUCGUGGAGGGGCAGGACGGCCUGGUCCAUACAUCUCAGCUGGGUCUUCCUGAGCUGCAGCACACCAUUGCGCCAGACGACCCGAGAUCUGAAACUCAAAGCAGCUUCUCUCUGAUGUUAGAUUUGGACGAGGAUGCUGAGAAAGAGGCAGGCACCCUGCCUGUGGAGAAUGAUGUCCAGUCCUCAGACCAGCCCGCCCUGUCUCCCACAGUGGAGGCUGUUGAUGAAAUUGAGGCCAAACCUGAGGUUAUUGUUUUGGGCUCAGACAAUCAGGAUGCUCCUCCGUCUGGAGAAGUGACUGAAGAGGAGCAAAGGGAGGAGAUGGACACCUUGGAUGGAAUUGAGGUAGAUGAACAGUCAGAACCUCCUUACGUACAAAAGGAAAACACUGAGGAAAAGCAGCCGGAUGAUACUAAAGAACAAAUCAAUGCAGAGUUAGUGAUGUUGGUUGAAGACCAUGAACCUGACGGUCCCCCAGCCUCUGAACCAAGUCCAGUGGAGGACGUCCCUGUAGUAAUGUUAGUUGAAGAUCGUGAGCUUGAAAGUGUUUCUGCUAUUGAACCAAGUCCAGAAAGAGAACUCCUCACAGCUGUGGAUGAAAAAGACUCUCCUGCAGAGAAAGAUGCUACUGGGGAGGAGCUGGGAGAGGAGGAGGAGGACGAACCAACACCUGCUGAAGAUGAGGAAGAACCUGAAGAGAAUGGGCCUGUUAAGAUGUAUGAGGACCUAACUCCCAGCGCAGAGACAGAGUCUGUUCUGGACGAGAAGCAGCACGAAGACGAAGACAAAGACUUAGUAGAGACAGAGUCUGUUCUGGAGGAGAAGCAGCACGAAGACAAGGACAUAGUAGAGACAGAGACUGUUGUGGAGGAGAAGCAGCAUGAAGACAAGGACAUAGUAGAGACAGAGACUGUUGUGGAGGAGAAGCAGGAGGACCACAAAGCCUCAGAAGAGGAUGACAGGGAAGACAUUAAAAUAGAGACAGAAACCAAAAAGAGAACAAGGGGACGGCCGAGAAAAAAUAAAGAUGUUGAGGAAGAGAAACCUGCGAAGCUCGAGGAACAGGCUGUGCCAGGGACUCCCACUUCUCAAAGGAAAAAGAAAGCUCCUGCUACUCCAACAAGGAGAACCACGAGAGGGAGGACAGUUACUUUUAUUUCUCCUCUUCUGGAGGAAGCAGAGGAGCCGGAGGAAGAGGAGGCAGAAACAAGCACUCUGGUCCGUGCCUCGCCUGGUCGUACACCUCGAAAAAGUAGACAGAUCAAAGAAACUAAAGCGCGAGCCAGCACACCUCGAAGAAGUACUCGCAACGCUCAGCCAGAGCCUCCAAAAGAUGAGACUGAGGAGGAGGACGCCGUGGAUAACGACACCACAGAGGCAUCAACCUCCAAGGCCUCUUCUCCAGCCAGACGGCGAGGUUCCCAGAGGGCUGCCUCAACAAGGACCAGCCGGAGGACCCAAAGACAAAGUGAGGAGGUGUCUGCAGAGGUUGAAAUCAAAGAUGAGGAGGAACAAGAGGAUGACGUCACAGAUGCAAAAGUUUCUCGACAACGAAGCUCCAAAACUCUCACGCCGGCUAAACAGGGGACCACUCAGGUAAACACUCCAAGGAGGUCCAGCAGAAGGAACACGAGUAGCAGCGCGGCAGCGUCAACAGCGUUAGAGGUCUUGGAGGAAGAGAAAGAACAGGUAGAGGUUGUUGCAUCCCCAGGCAGACGCAACUCCAGGAAAACUAAGACGGAGGUAUCUGAGAAGGAAGAGGAAGAAAGCAAAAAUCUUUCCAGUCCCAGCAGGGCGACUCGGCAGUCUAACCGGAUUACCCUAAAUGUUUAUCCACAAGUGAAACUGGUUCCUGUAUCACUUCCUCAGAGUGCCAGGAAGAUGAAAGGAGAGACGAUAACUGAAAAAAGUGAACUUCUACUUGAGUCUGAACUCAACGGCAAGGCUGGUCGUACAAACUCCCGCCGACCAGUUAGAAGCAAACUCUGGGAUCAUCCUGAGGAGGACCUUCCCUUACUGGACUCACCGCUGGAGGUGGAUUCUGAAACCCCUGUUGCAGAUGCCCUCAUUAAGAGACUUCAGGAUGAAGAAGAGAAGCCAGAAGGAGUAGUUGUCACAAAGAUGGUGAGAACCAGCAAGAGGAGUACGAAGUCGUCAGUGGAGCAGGUUCACUCGCUAAUUUCUGUAAACGACAGCAUGAUCCCCGAACCUGAAGAGGAAGAGUCAAGUCUAGGCGAGCAUUCAUACAUCUACUCCCCCUCACGAAGAAGAACCAGAGCUGAAAGAGCAGAGUUUCCAGGCCCAAGUGAAGAGUCUGCAGCACCCGUCACUCGCAGCAGAAGGAAAGUCGUCAAAGAUGCCUCUGUUGCUCCUCAUGAUGAAGUUGCAUCAGAAGAAGAUCUGAUGGAGAAAGCAGCAGGAGCUUCGAAGACCAGAAAAGCAGGCAAAUCAACAGCCAAAUCCAAAGCCGUUUUGGAGCCGCCUCCUAUAGCAGAGGCGGACCUGAUCUCGCCUCUGCCCAGCCCAGCAAAUCCACACCCACGAGCUCUGAAGAGGACUAAAGAGGGAGAGGCCCCGGCCUCGAGCAUGAACCUUAGACGCAAACGCAUCAUGGAUACCGUUUACACAAAACCUGUCACGCGAAGAAAGAAACUUUAAUGAGGUUGGUGGUGGUUUUAACCAGUGAACUUCAGACUAUCGGACGAUCUGAACUAACUCGGUCAGGAGCUGUCCACUCAUGACGGUUCUAUUUCCUCAAAUGCCUCACGCUGCUGCGGCCGUCUUUGUAUAUUUCCCUGUCGGACAAUAAAAUCAAAGCAAUGUAGGCAUGAAAAUAUAUUUUUGGGACAAAACACACUGGUGGAUAGCAGUGUGAGAGAGGCAUAUAUUUUUGGAGUUUACACUUCCUGCUCGUACUAACUUGAUUUCUCUUGAUCACGGAUCUGUUUCCAUUUUGUGUUGGACGUUUUGCAACGCUCCUCGUAAUCCGCUUUAUUCUCUGGACAAAGAAUGGCACAAGGGAAAGCAAUCAAUGUGGGCUUUUUAGAAGCUCCCGUUAAUAAAACCAGAGAGACUGAACUCAACCUUUUAUCACAUUCUCUUUUAUUAUUAUUAUUUUUUUUUUUGUUUUUGUUUUUGUGGUUUACUUUUAAGAUUUUUGAGGCCUGCUGUUUUUUCUUUUUAAGAAGAAAAGCAACCAACCUGGUGGAGACUAAAUAUUUCUACUGAUAGAUUUGUAUAUAGUCUUUUGCUAUGUUCCAAAUAAAAUUAAUAAAUAAA